GGAUUCCACUUGUCUCAUCUGUCAUAUAAUUUCUUUGCUUCCUCCAACAGCUUACUCUAACAUGCAUGCAACAUAAUAAUCUACAAAAGUGGUAGUAUAUAACACAAUUUCACGUAAACCAAGAGUGCUCAUGUUGUAUCAAAAUGGUGGAGAUAGUUGAGAUUGAAAGUUUGUUUAAUUAUGCGAUGAAGGGGCAAUGGAGAGAAGUGUUGGAAGCGUACAAGAACAACCAUAGAGCAUUGGAAGCUAAAGUCACAAAAGCUGAAGACACUGUGUUGCACAUAGCUGUGUAUGUGGGUCAAACCAAUUUUUUGACGACCCUUCUUGAGAACAUUAACCAAAAUGUUUCUCUUGCUAUCCUGAACAUACCAAACUCGAAGGGAAACACUCCUUUGCAUCUGGCAGCAGAGCUUGGGAAUGUGGACAUUUGCAACACCAUAGCCAAAAGAGACCCCAACCUCAUUUUCUGUCAAAAUUUUGAAGGUGAGACCCCUCUUUUCUUGGCAGCAAUUCAUGGUUCCAAAGAUGCAUUUUUCUGUCUCCAUGCUCACCUACAAAAUAAACAUGAUUACUCGCCAUGUAUUAAGACCAACGGGGACACAAUUCUUCACUCUACCAUCUCCAAUGAAUACUUUGGUUUGGCACUUCAAAUAAUUCGAUUGUAUCCAAAUCUUGCUGAUGCUGUUAACCAGGAUGGCUAUUCUCCUCUUCAUAUUCUUGCUCUGAAGCCUAAUUGUUUCAGAAGCAGCACAUGGAUGGAGUUCAUGGAUCGAAUGAUCUAUAAUUGUUUGCUUGUUGAUGAGCUGAAGGAAGAGACAGAAGAUGACCAAAGUAGUAAUAAAGGAGGCACACAGAUUUUGAACUAUCCAAUGAACUACCAAACAUGCUUCGGCAUCUUAUAUUUGUUGAAGAAUGCUGUUAAAGUUAUAACAAUCGGCACAAAGGAUGGUAAAGCUGGAACUGAUGAUGGUGAUGAUGAAGAGAAUCUCCAAAGAUCAUCCAGCACCAAAUUCGUGCAAGAAGGAGCAGAGAAAGAGAAAGAAAAGAAACUACACCGAUUUCCUCCAAAUUGGGAAGUGUUCAUCCGGUUUCUAAUCAUUCUGAUGAAGGCCUUUCUAAUACUUUUUGGUGUGGGAGCAUCUUGGAUAGACAAAAUCCAACGAAGGAAGGAGAAACACAUGUGGGCUAAGAAAGUGAUGGAUGAGUUGAUUGAGCGAGCUUCUAUGUACAAGUAUGACUGCACUGAAAACAGUUCCUUUGUUCUUGGGCGUGACAGUGAUAUUGAAAACAAAGAUAAUCAGAAGAAAAAAGGAAUUGCUGAGAAAAGGAAAAGGGUAUCACCAAUUCUAAUUGCUGCAAAGAUGGGAGUGAAUGAAAUGGUGGAAAAGAUUCUAGAUACCUUCCCUGUGGCUAUCCAUGAUGUGGAUUCCGACAACAAGAAUGUUGUUCUUUUAGCCAUAGAAAACAGACAACCUCGUGUCUACAAGCUGCUCACAAAGAGGAAUCUGGUAAAGGAAAGUGCAUUUCGUCACAUAGACAACCAAGGUAACAGCGCAUUGCACCUCGCUGCCACGUAUAAGGAACAUAGACCCUGGCGUGUCCCUGGUGCUGCCAUGCAGAUGCAGUGGGAGUAUAAGUGGUACAAGCUUGUUAAGAAUUCUAUGCCACCAAAUUUCUACGCACGUUACAACAACAAGGGGCAAACGGCUAAACAGGUUUUCAUCAACAGUCACGAAAUGCUUGUGAAAGAGGGAAGGAAAUGGCUGUCGAAAACCUCAGACUCGUGCACACUAGUUGCAGCACUAGUUGCAACAGUGGCAUUCACAACCUCAACAGCAAUACCAGGGGGUACGAAUGAUGACUCUGGUGAGCCAGUGUUGAAUGGAAAACCUGGUUUCAAAGUGUUUGCUUUGGCAUCACUUGUGGCACUGUGUUCCUCGGUGACAGCACUUGUUUUGUUUCUUUCGAUUCUGACAUCUCGGUUCCAGGAAAAGGAUGUUGCGAUGCACUUGCCUAAGAAGCUUCUCCUGGGAAUGACUUCACUGUGGACAUCGAUAACAUCAAUAUUGGUUUCGUUCUGUGCAGGACACUACUUUAUCAUUGAAGAAGGAAUGAAAUCUUCGGUUUAUCUCAUCUAUGGUAUCACAUGUUUGCCGGUAACAUUUUUUGUGUUGGUUCAACUCCCUCUUUACUUGGAUCUCACGUUGGGCAUAUUUCGGAAGGUUCCUCAACGCGUUUAUAAGGUCUUUUCCCAUUAGUUGCUUUUUAAGCUUUUCUUAUUUCUACUUCUUUUGUUACUCUUAAUCAACCCUUAAAUGGAAACCCUAUUUUGUUUGGACUUUUUACGUUUAUUCAGCUUGUCAAGUUUAUAAAAAGU